UUUGAUAUUUGAUGCUAAUCUCGAUAACUGAGAGAAGAGAGGAACCUGAUGCUGGAAGAGCAGCGAGAGAAGCAUCAAUAGAACGAACGAUUCCAACUUCUCUGCAAAAUUUCAGAGAGUUUUUCGUAGUUCUUUUGUUGCCUUCUUCUUGCUUUCCCCUCUCUUUUUCAAUGGGUAAUUGCCUCGAAAAAACUCACUCUAAGGUCGAUAACUCUCUCAACUCCCUUCCUAAUUCAGAAGAACCAAAAAAUCAUGAUAGGAAAGGUCAUUCAUCUGCUUCUUUGAGAGCUCCAUCACUUGGUGGGAAUACGCCAUCUAGAGGUCUUCAAGUUCAUAGAUCUGAAGGUGAAAUAUUGUUGUCUCCAAAUCUGAAAGCCUUCACAUACAGUGAGCUUAAGAAUGCUACUAAAAACUUCCGCCCUGACAGUCUAAUUGGAGAAGGAGGUUUUGGUCAUGUUUACAAAGGAUGGAUUGAUGAACAUACACUUGAAGCUGUGAGGCCUGGAGCUGGAAUGGUUGUUGCGGUGAAGAAGCUUAAACCUGAAGGUUUUCAAGGACACAAGGAAUGGCUGUCUGAAGUAAAUUACCUUGGUCAGCUUCAUCAUCCUAAUCUGGUUAAACUAAUUGGAUUCUGCCUUGAUGGGGAUAGCCGACUUUUGGUCUAUGAGUAUAUGUCCAAAGGCAGCCUUGAAAAUCAUCUAUUUAGAAGGGGUGCUCGACCACUUUCUUGGGCAAUAAGGAUCAAAGUUGCUAUAGGUGCUGCUCGAGGGCUUACCUUUCUGCAUGACUCUGAAGAACCAGUUAUCUAUCGGGAUUUUAAGGCAUCAAACAUCCUUCUAGAUUCUGAAUUCAAUGCAAAACUUUCAGAUUUUGGUUUGGCAAAAGCAGGCCCAACUGGUGAUCGAACUCAUGUGUCCACUCAAGUUAUGGGUACUCAAGGCUAUGCUGCUCCAGAAUAUAUUGCCACUGGUAGGUUAACAGCUAAGUGUGAUGUUUAUAGCUUUGGGGUUGUGCUGCUGGAGCUCCUCUCAGGACGCCGUGCUGUUGAUAAAACUAAAGUCGGCGUCGAACAGAAUCUUGUGGAAUGGGCAAGACCUUACUUGGCUGAUAAGCGCAAGUUAUUUCGGAUAAUGGACAUUAAGUUAGAGGGUCAAUACCCUCAAAAAGCUGCUUACAUGACUACAGUCCUUGCAUUGCAGUGCAUUCGAGAGGCAAAAUUCCGACCACAGAUGUCUGAGGUUUUAUAUGCUCUUGAACAGCUCCCUCUGGUUAAGCAUGUCCAUAACCAAAGAGCAAACAGUCCAGGGCCGAAGUCCCCGCUAAGACAUAAGUACCCUUCACCUGUAAAUUCGACUACACCAAAAGCAAGCUCUCCAUUACCAUCCAAAUGAUAACCAUAGGGACCUUUGAGAAGGGAGGGAUCAUCUUUUUAGCAAUGACCCAAGUAAAUAUAUAUUUUUGACUUAGGCACGGUUGGUUGGUAGACUGUAGCGGUCAGAAAAAUCUCAUUCCCCCUUUCGUCUUUGACUAUACAUUGAACAAGGAAAAGAGUCCAAUGUUUUGACUGAAGAGGAUGAUGAUGAUGAUGAUAUAUAUAUAGUCAUCAGCCUGAUCAAUUGUUUCUAAUCUGCCAAUGAAGCUGAGUUUGAAAUUGUUGGUUUUGAUUCUUGUAAGCAACAACAGCACAACAGUCACAAUUUGUUGGGUUUUUAUAAAGAUGAAGUGGCGCUGAGUUUGUUUGGGGGGAAUCUUGGGCAGCUGCCAUAAUAAAUUUUGUAGAGAGAAUAUUUCACCUUUACAUAGAAGGGAUGGAAAUAAUGAGUAGCAUCAGUGAUUAAAGAGAGUUGGUUUAGUUGGCAUUUUACCAUGAGGGAUUGGUGUUCAGAAUUUGAGAUUUGAUAAUCAAACCUUAAAAUAUCAUGGAAGGUUUCUAUUGGCUCAUAA